AAAAAAGUCAGGAUUAUUUUGUUAAGAGUCGUGCUGCCUUAUCAUUAAAACUAUAUUCAAACAUGAAUUUAGCGAAUAAACGAAAAAUAUUUAUAAAUGCCGCCUUAGUAGGCUUUAUGGUAGCUUUGGCAGAAGAGGAAGAGGAUGAUGAAGGCAAUCAUCAGAAAAUUGCUAGAAUUAACCGCCAACGGCGGUGUUGGGUUAACCCGUAUUUGCAGCAAAGGAAUGGAAGAGGAAAAUAUGCGAAUUUUGAGAACUUGACGAAAAUCCAACCCACUUCUUUGCCAAUUUCCAUAUGAGCUUUGAUAGUUUUCAAAGUUUAUUUUAUAUGGUGGAACCUCAUCUUAUGCCAAGGAAAUGUUCUCGUAGCGGCGACUUUAUACGAGCUGAGCAAAAGUUGGCGGCAGUCCUCGAGUACUUUGCCCUGGGAGAGCUGCAACAGGACGUCAGCUUCUCUUACAGGAUCAGCAAACAGCAUUUCGGAAGCCUAGUUCCUGCUGUGUGUGAGGCCAUCGCCCAUGAACUAGGUUGGGAGAUUCCGCAAUGGGAGAAGUACUCAGUCCUGGGAAGUGCCCUCGACUAUGAGAACAUCUGUAACUUACCAAACUGUGUGGGAGCAAUUGGCGGCAGGCUUAUGGACGUUAAGCCUCCACUACAGCGCAAUCGAGACAUGGAUUCCAUGGCAAUUUUUGCCGUAUGUGACCCCUCCCUUAGAUUCACUUACCUUGACGUGGGCGGUAUCAGUAACGCCGACGAUCCAGACCUUUUCGCCAAAUCAAACUUGGGCAAAGCUAUAUUAUCAGACAACUUUUACUUUCCGGAGGACAGCUGUGUAAACGGGUCACCGAUGACAUACUAUGUUGUAUCCGACGACAACACAUUCCCAUUGGUAAAGCGAAUUAUGAAACCAUACAGAGCGAAGACCAUUACUAGAGAAGAACGAUUCUUUAACGAUCGCCUCCACCAAGCGAGCAGUUACAUUGACAAGGCCUUUGGCAUUCUGAGUGCCAAAUGGACCGUGAUGCGACGGGAAGUCAGGUGCCGACCUGAUAGGGCCAAGGGAAUAGCAACGGCAUGCUGCCUGCUCCACAAUUACCUGAUGCGUACAAAGCCAAAGGACUAUGCAGACUGGUUGCCGGACCAAGACGAGGCUAUGACUUCAAUUAACUCUGGCAUUACACCAGGUCGCACUGAAACCUACCCAAAAUUGGUUAGAGAUAGCAUAAAGAAUAGUUUAAUUGUCAAAAAACUGGCAUAUCAGUGAAGGAAAAGAGCCCACAAGAUCACAAGUACGCUUAAAAACUAAAUCUUAUAAUUAUUUUAAUACAUUUUUCUCUUG